AUGAACAUGAUCUUGCGCGCUCUCCAGGUCUUCUUCGCUGUGGUGACGUUGCUCAUUGCCGUAUACAUGGCCACCUUCCAAGCUAAAUGGGUCAACGGCCCUUCGGGUCUCACGGGUUUGCUGCUCUUCUUGGCUUCAGCAAGCUUGCUUGCCUCGAGCAUCUUUCUCAUCGUCCCCAUCAUCUACGAACGCUCAGGAUACAAGACCAUGAAGAACUUGACGCGAGCCCUCUCCGAAGCACGCGUUGGUCUGGUCACCAACGGCGUGUUUGGCUUUUUGCUUCUGAUUCUCGCUAUGACCCAGACCAUCUCGGCUUUUACCUCUGCCGGUUGCAAAGACCCCAAAAAGGAUCCGCACGCACAAGGCAAGGAUCGCGCCGACUUUGUCAACCAACUAGGCGGCUGGUGUCGUACCAAACGAGCUGAGGCUGCCUUUUGCUGGUUCCUGUGGGCUGCGUGGUUCCUAUCUCUACUUCUCUUCCUGAGACAGUGGAGGAUGGAGCGCAAGAAUGGACCUCGCAUCCCGCCCUUUGUCCAUCCUAGAGAUGAUUCCGCUUUCGAGCCGGUGGAUGACUUUGACGACGAAGACACCAUUGACGAAGCGGCAAAAUCAGCAAGAUAUGGCGAAGGAGGAGACGGACGAUACAGCGCAGCACCAGCAACUUAUGGCGGUCCACCUGCGCCACCGCAGAUGUCUUCGUACGAUCGUAGAGGAGCCAAUCCUUUGGCAGACAUCCAAGCCAAGUACGGCAUGGAUACACCAUUCGCCAACCCUGAUCCGUUCGCUGAUGCACGUGCGGCGACGCCAGCGUACGGCAGGCCAUCGUACGACUACAACGCAUACGCCUCGGGCGCACCAGGUGGAUAUCCAGCAGAACCGUAUGGUAGCAUGGGCUGCCAGAGGAACGCAGGCCUGGCAAGUGACCGUCCUCCUCAGCUGCCAAGCCUGGGCUACGGUUAUCACUGA